AUGUUAAUCUAUUUUAUUAAACUCAGCAAUAUAUCAGUUAGGAUACGCUACUGUAGCCUUUCUAAUAUGAUUUUAGUAAGUUUUAACAAAUAAAUUUGUAAAAGAAAAUAAGUUAGCAAAUCGUCACAUGACCAGUACUUUCCGAAGACAUUCUUUAGUAGAAGAAGAAGAAACCGAAGAAGAAGAAAAAGUUGUUUACUUUUUGGCUAGCGGCUGCUCAUUCAGUAGGGAGUAGGGCACGAAAAUAGCUAAAUAAUGACUUUGCUUUCAUGAUGAGAUGCAGGCAGCAGCGAUGGAUCCAGCGGAGGAGCCCCCAUCCAUGCUGUGGGGUCUGGACCCGACCUUCUCCGCCUUCGCUCGGCUGUACGUCCGAGACAUCCUGCAGAUGACAGAGUCCACGCAGGUGCCAGGUAGUAUUUACUUCUACAACAUGCAUCCAAUCUACAAAGUAGAUGUACUUGGAACAGUGGUUUACAAGAGAGAAAGAGAGGACUUCUUCUGUUAUGGAGUGGAUGACGGUACUGGUGUUAUAAACUGCAUGUGCUGGAAAAAUGACCUGCUGAAAGAGAGGGAGGAUCCCAGUAAAACAGGAAAGCACAGUGACGGGGCCCAGGGAGGCUUCAACCCUGUCACUGAGCUGAAGAAGCUGAAAGAAGCCCAGCAGAAGCGCUGCCGCCUGGAGAUCGGAGAGCUGCUCCGGGUCCGAGGACCAGUGAAAACAUCGAGACAGCAGAGAGAAAUCAUGGCCUCCACCUACUAUAAAGUGGACGACCCGGUGAUGGCGGAGCAGAUAGCCUGGAUGAUGGAGGCUCCUCAGCUCUACAGACAGUGUUAUGACAAACCACUGCAGCUGCAAACCAGCGUGUCAGGUGACUCAGCCAUCAGUUCCCUAAGCAAGGCAAUAAAUAUCAUCAAGGAUUUCUUGAAGCAGAAGUCGGUGACCAGGUUCAGACCCUAUGAUGUCCAGGACCUCCUGCAGCCUCUGAUCUCCAGCCAGCCUCAAACAGCAUCUGCAGACCAGGAGCCUGUUGCAGGUUCGUCUGGAUGUCAGCAGCUACGCCAGCUUCUGAAGGAAGCUCUGCAAGUUUUACAGGAUGAAGGCGUCGUGUACCGGAGGGUCAAGUCCCAGGAUGAAGUCUAUCUGGUGACUGCAGAGGACAAAGAUCUGCAGAUAGCCGUCAAAGAUGUCAUCAGGGAGGAUUCAAAAAGAGAGAAAUAUGCAGAGAAGGGUUGCCACGUCCUGCACAUCCUGUCAGCAGUCCGGCAGCGUUCCAGCCUCAACGUGAGCAAAGCAGCUCUGGAGCUCGUUCUCAAAUCGCUGGAGUGCAACAGUGAUAUCAUCAGCACCAUGGAAAACCAUUACAUUGCAUUUUAAGGCAGCCACAGUGUUUCUCUGUCCUCUUACUGCUCCACAACAUUCAGUGUGUUUAGGUAAAUCAUGUCAUCUGCACUCCUUACUUGAUCUGGAGCCUUAAACUGAUUCCACAAUUGUAUCUUAAUUUGCUCCUUUAUUUAAAUGUGCUGAGGUUAAAUAUUAUGUGCAUUAUUUUGAGAGGAGCUUUUAGGACUGCUGUACUCUCCACUGUUGUAAAUAUAUGCAAAAUUUAAAUAACAAACAGACCAAAGACACAGCUCGUGCAUGGUUGGAUUAGCCUGCCAGGGGCCCUGGGGCACAAAUACAGUCUCCUGGGUCCCCAUUAAGCCCCAUUUCUGUGAGUCUGUCUGCAGUGUGUGCAGAUUUUCUUAAAAGUAUUCAACAGAAACAAGGUGCCAAAAAGCAGAGAAAAUAGAAUGUAACCCCUCCGUCCAUCUCAGCAUAGUGCACAUCGAUUGCCUCCUUACUAAUCUGACAGAAAAACUGCAUGUAAAUAAGAUACAUAUGUAUAAAAAAAACUGUUGAUAUGAAUAAUUCUCAUUAUUUUUGCUAUCCUUAAUUAAACAAGCAGUACAGUUCA